AUGUCCACUGUCUACUUUAUUACUGGCGGUAACCGUGGGAUCGGUUACAAAAUUGUCGAACAAUUGGCUGCAAGACCAAAUACCAAAGUUCUUGCCACCGCUAGAAACGUCGAAUCAGCCGUUGAAUUAAAGGAAUUGCAAGCCAAGCACCACAACAUUGAGAUCUUGAAGCUUAACGUCUCCUCUGAAGAAAGUAUCGAUACAUUGGAUGAACAAUUAAAAAAAUAUGCUCCCGACGGGAUUGACGUGUUGAUCUCCAAUGCUGGUAUCGCCGAUGGCUACUACACUGUCAAGGACGCACCACGGUCCAUUUGGUUGAAACAUUACAAGACCAAUGUCUUGGGUCCAAUUUUCCUCUACCAAGUUAUCCGUCCUUACUUGAUGAAGAAAAACACCAGAAAGAUUGUUUUCGUCAGCAGUGCAGUUGGAUCUCUUGGAGGAUUCCUCCCAUUCUCCACCUCUGCCUAUGGACAGUCCAAAACCGCACUUAACAUGACUGUGAAGCAAAUCAGUUUUGAGGAAGCUCCAGAAGGGUUUAUUGUUAUUGCCAUGCAUCCAGGGAUGGUCACCAGUGAGAUGGGUAACCACAGUCUCACCCAAUUUCCUCAAGAAUCUCUCACCGGGAUUAUUCCAAUGAUGAUCACGCCAGAAGUUAGCGCCACCAAACAAAUAGAGGUUAUUGAUGGGUUAACCAAGGAAAGUAAUGGUGGGUUCUAUAGCUAUGAUGGAUCUACUGUGCCAUUUUAA